AUGGUGUUUUCCGACGAAGAGAUAACCCAUCUAUACAGAAUCUACAAAACCGUUUUACAAAUGUUAAGAGACAGAAACUACGUUGUUUCAGAGACAGAUAUUAACAUGUCGAGACAAGAAUUCAAAUCGAAUUUCAGCGAUCAUAUGAAGAGAGAAGACCUAUUUAUUAACAAAAGCCACAAAAACGAUCCUUCUGAUAAAAUCUCUGUCUUCUUUGUCAAUGAUGCCAAAAUCGGCGUUAAGACUGUUAGAGGUAUCAUUCAGAGGAUGCUUACAGAGAAUGUUUUCAGAGGUGUUUUGAUUUGUCAGAAUCCGCUUUCGCAUUAUGGCAGAGCUGCUGUUAGUGAAAUGGCGUCGAAAUGUCGCCUUGAAGUGUUUCUGGAAGAUGAACUUCUGGUUAACAUCACAAUGCACUAUCUUGUACCGCCACAUCAGGUGCUCACCGAUGCUGAGAAGAAAGCUUUGCUCAAUAAAUACACUGUCAAAGAAACACAGCUACCUAGAAUCCUGAUGACGGAUCCUAUUGCGAAAUAUUAUGGACUAAAGCGUGGACAAGUUGUCAGGAUCAUCCGGCCAAGUGAAACUGCAGGCAGAUAUGUUACAUACCGUUAUGUUGUAUAA